CUCUCUGUGCAAACGAUGUUCAUCUAUUUCUGCUCAUCCCCACAUUGAAAUUUGGAUCGCAUAGAUCCUGACAGAUAUGGGAACGCCGAUAAACAUCAUAGUUGGAUCACAUGUUUGGGCAGAGGAUUCAGAGGUUGCGUGGAUUGAUGGCGAAGUUAAAGAAAUCCAUGGCAGAGAUGCCACCAUUAUUACCACAAAUGGGAGGACGAUAGUUGCAGACAUUUCCAGUAUGUACCCAAAAGACACAGAAGCACCACCAGCAGGGGUUGACGACAUGACUAAGUUGGCUUACCUCCAUGAGCCGGGAGUCCUGCAUAACCUAGCCUGUCGGUUUGCUCUUAAUGAGAUAUAUACUUACACUGGGAACAUUCUAAUAGCGGUGAAUCCGUUCCAGAGACUACCACACUUGUAUGAAAUCCACAUGAUGGAGCAGUACAAAGGAACUGCUUUUGGGGAGCUAAGUCCACACCUUUUCGCUGUUGCAGACACUUGUUACAGGGCAAUGAUAAACGAACAAGGAAGCCAGUCAAUUCUGGUUAGUGGGGAGAGUGGUGCCGGUAAAACAGAGACAACAAAAAUGCUCAUGAGAUAUCUCGCAUUCAUGGGGGGCAGAUCAGGUACAGAAGGAAGAACAGUAGAACAACAGGUUUUAGAGUCCAACCCAGUCUUGGAGGCAUUUGGGAAUGCCAAAACUGUGAAAAACAACAAUUCGAGUCGUUUUGGUAAAUUUGUAGAGAUCCAGUUUGAUAACAAUUGGAAAAUCUCUGGAGCUGCAAUUCGUACAUAUCUUCUCGAAAGAUCACGUGUUUGCCAAGUCUCUGACCCAGAGAGAAAUUACCAUUGUUUUUACAUGCUUUGUGCGGCACCAGCGGAGGAUAUCAACAGGUACAAGUUAGGGGACCCAAGAACAUUUCACUAUCUUAAUCAAUCCUCCUGUUAUGAAGUAGCAAAUGUAGAUGAUGCAAGAGAGUAUUUGGAAACCAGAAAUGCCAUGGAUGUUGUUGGGAUCAUCCAGGAAGAGCAGGAUGCCAUAUUCCGAGUGGUUUCUGCAAUCCUCCAUCUUGGGAACAUUGACUUCAUCAAAGGGGACGAAGUUGAUUCUUCCAAAUUAAAAGAUGAUAAAUCAUUCUAUCAUCUCCAAACAGCUGCAGAGCUACUCAUGUGUGAUAAGAAGGCUUUAGAAGACUCGCUUUGCAAGCGUGUCAUAGUGACUCCUGAUGGUAACAUUACAAAACCGCUGGAUCCAGACUCAGCUACAUUAAGUCGUGAUGCCCUGGCAAAGACAGUUUACUCCAGACUGUUUGAUUGGAUUGUGGAUAAGAUAAACAGUUCAAUUGGUCAAGAUCCAAAUUCGUCAAGCUUAAUAGGAGUCCUUGAUAUUUAUGGCUUUGAAAGCUUCAAGAUCAACAGUUUUGAGCAGCUUUGUAUCAACCUAACAAAUGAAAAGCUGCAACAACAUUUUAAUCAGCAUGUGUUCAAGAUGGAGCAAGAAGAGUACACAAAGGAUGAAAUUAACUGGAGCUACGUAGAAUUUGUAGAUAACCAGGAUGUUUUGGAUCUUAUUGAGAAGAAACCUGGGGGCAUAAUUGCUCUUCUUGAUGAAGCCUGUAUGUUCCCCAAGUCAACCCAUGAGACAUUUGCACAGAAGAUGUAUCAGACAUAUAAAGGACAUAAGCGCUUCAAAAAGCCAAAACUUGCUCGAACGGACUUCACAGUUAACCACUAUGCUGGAGAUGUCACAUACGAAGCAGACCAUUUUCUUGAUAAAAACAAGGACUACGUAGUGGCAGAACAUCAAGCUCUUUUAAAUGCCUCCACAUGCUCAUUUGUUGCAAAUCUAUUCCCUCCACUACCUGAGGAGACGUCAAAACAAUCCAAGUUUUCUUCCAUAGGUACCCGUUUCAAGCAACAACUACAAGCUUUAAUGGAGACACUUAGCACGACAGAACCACAUUAUAUCAGAUGUGUUAAGCCCAAUACAGUUUUGAAGCCUGGAAUUUUUGAGAAUGUCAAUGUAUUAAACCAGCUGAGAUGUGGGGGUGUGCUAGAAGCUAUAAGGAUUAGUUGUGCUGGAUAUCCAACAAAAAGAACAUUUGAUGAGUUCCUUGACCGCUUUGGCUUGUUGGCUCCUGAUAUUCUGGAUGGAUAUGAUGAAAAAUCAGCAUGUAUUGCCAUAUGUGACAGGAUGGGCCUGAAGGGAUAUCAGAUUGGAAAAUCAAAGGUGUUUCUUAGAGCUGGUCAGAUGGCUGAAUUAGAUGCACGCAGAACGAAAGUUUUGGCUGAUUCUGCCAGAUGUAUUCAAAGGCAAAUCCGAACACAUCUAACCAGAAAGGAGUUCAUUGCCGUGCGAAGGGCUGCGAUUCACUUGCAGAAACUUUGGAGAGGACAACUUGCACGUAAGAUGUAUGAACAGAUAAGGAAGGAAGCUGCUUCAAUAUGUAUACAAAAACAUCUACGCGCUCACACAGCAAGGAAGUCCUACAUAAAAUUUCAGGCUGUAUCAAUGGUCAUCCAAACUGGUUUACGAGCUAUGGCAGCCCGAAAUGAUCAUCGAAACAGGAAAAGAACCAAGGCUGCAAACAUUAUUCAGACUAAUUGGCGAAGAUUUGAAGCUGUUUCUGAAUAUAAACACCAGCGAAAGGCAACUCUAACUCUUCAAUGUCUCUGGAGAGCAAAGGUAGCGAGGAAGGAGCUUAGAAAGCUUAGGAUGGCUGCACGAGAAACGGGAGCUCUUAAGGCAGCUAAGGACAUGCUGGAGAAGCGUGUUGAAGAGCUAACAUGGCGACUGGACUUUGAAAAGCACUUGAGGAUUGAUCUUGAAGAAACUAAAGGGAAAGAAAUUGCAAAUUUGCAAUAUACUUUACAUGAAAUGCAAACACAAAUUGAUGAAGCCCAUGCCGCAAUUAUCCAUGAGAAAGAAGCAGCAAAAUUAGCUAUUGAACAAGCUCCACCAGUCAUCAAAGAGGUGCCAGUUGUGGAUAACACCAAGCUAGAAAUUCUGAAAAAUCACAAUGAGGAACUAGAGGGUGAGCUAAGUGAGCUGAAGAAGGAAAUUGAGGGAUUUGAAGAAAAUUACUCUCAAGUUGAAAAAGAAAGUAAAGCAAGGCAUAAAGAGGCAGAAGAAGCACAGCUGAAAGCAACACAGCUUCAAGAGACUAUUGAAAGGUUAGAGUUGAACUUGUCCAGUCUUGAAUCUGAAAAUCAGGUGCUCCGCCAACAGGCUCUGGUUGCAUCAACAAAUGAGGACUUCUCUGAAGAAAUGAGAAUCCUGAAGAGGAAGAUCGCAGAUUUGGAGUCAGAGAAUAAAUUCCUCCGCAACAAGACUCUAGUCAUGGAGCAGAAAGCUACUCCAGAGAGGUUUCAGCCACAAGUAAAGCCUUUUGAGAAUGGGAACGGGACAAGGGAAGAGCUUCGGACCAAAGAGCCAUAUCCUGUAGUGUCUCACCUUAGUAGACAAAGAUCACUCACAGAUAGGCAGCAGGAAAGUGUUGACGUGCUUGUUAAGUGUCUUGUGGAAGAUAGGCAAUUUGACAAGAACAGGCCUGUCACUGCCUGUAUUGUGUACAGAGCACUUCUUCAGUGGAGAACCUUUGAAGCAAAGAAAACAAACGUAUUUGAUAGGAUCAUUCACAAAAUUCGGUCCAUUAUAGAGACUCAAAACAAUGUCAGUGAACUGGCAUAUUGGCUUUCAACAACUUCUACCAUUCUAUUUCUUCUACAAAGUACGCUCAAGGCAGCCAGUGCAUCUAAUACAGCUUCAUAUCGUAACCGAACUCCUGCUACCAUAUUUGGUAGAAUGGCACAUGGUUUUCGUUCAUCUUCUAUGAGCACGGGAGUUUCAAGUGGCUACAGUGGAACGAUGGGAAAGCCAAAUGAGCAAUUAAAAGUGGAGGCUAAGUACCCAGCAUUAUUGUUCAAGCAACAUCUAACUGCAUUUGUUGAGAAAAUAUAUGGGACCAUCCGUGAUAGUCUAAAGAAAGAGAUUAGCCCAUUCUUGAAUUUGUGCAUUCAGGCACCGAGAUCUGCAAGGGGCAGGUCGAUAAGAGGCUCAUCUAAAACUAUACAUUCAAAUAUAAGAGCAAGACAACAGGCAUCAAAUAUGCACUGGCAAAGCACUGUCAACAAGUUAGAUCAAACCUUGGGUAUUUUGUCUGUGAACCAUGUCUCUCCCAUGAUCGCAAGGAAAAUCUUCAGUCAAGUUUUCUCAUUCAUCAAUGUCCAGCUCUUUAACAGCUUAUUGCUUCGUCGUGAGUGCUGCUCAUUUAGCAAUGGAGAAUUUCUGAAAGCAGGUUUGCUUGAAUUGGAACAAUGGUGUCUCAAAGUAACAGAUCAGUUUGCUGGAUCGUCCUUGGAAGAGCUUCAGCACAUAAGGCAGGCUGUAGGAUUUUUGGUUUUGCACCAAAAAACUCAGAAAUCAGUGGAUGAAAUCACAAAUGAAUUGUGUCCGAUACUGAGCAUCCCUCAAAUAUAUCGCAUUGGAACAAUGUUCUGGGACGACAAAUACGGAGCGCAGGGAUUAUCUGCAGAAGUUAUUGGCAAAAUGAGAGUGUUGAUGGCAGAGGAUUCAAUCAACAUGCCCAAUAAUUCUUUCCUACUCGACGUCGAUUCCAGCAUACCUUUCUCUAUUGAAGAGAUGUGCAGAUCCUUUGAUGAUAUCAGCCUAUCUGAUAUGAAUCCGCCAGCCAUCCUCCGACAAAGAUCUGACUUCCACUUCCUGUUGCAACAAACGGAUUGAGGCUAUACUUGAUAUCUUUCUAAAUUUACACGGUCAAAGAUUGGGAGCGGACAGUUAUAUUUCCAUUUGUCUUUUGCUUCUGAGAGAUGGAAUAUUCAGAUAUAUAUUUCGUCUAUGAUAGAAAUUUAGAUCAUGGUCUAGCAGUUUUCUUUUGUUUUGAUGCAUGAAUCUAAAGGAAAGAGCAAUUGGAGUGCAUUUUGUACCAAAGACAAGUUAACCCUCUAUCCUCCAAUUUGUGUAAUGUGCAGGAGAAAAACAAUA